AUGGAAAGUUUCAAAGCGAUCGCCGAUGAUACUUCGCAAAAGGAAAAUAAUCCUUUCUUGACAAAAUAUUUAAAGGAGAGAAGUCUGCAGAGAGAAGUUCCGUUAUUCAACGCAGACCCGAAGUUUGCUCUAGAUCAAGGCGACGGUAUGUAAAAGUUGGUUUGUCAACGGGCAAUAGUAGUAGCAGUAGUAGUAGUAGUACUAGGACGUUAUGAUCUAGAUAAAUGAGUUGAUUUUGUCAUGUUGGGUCAUUAAUAUCGAUAAUCGCAACAUAGUUAGAAGUGCAUCUCCUUUGUAACACCUGUAAGCCUCUUCACUGUUUAGUUUUCAGUAUCAAGUUUUCGUAGAAAUUUGUCCAAGAGCGCUUUUAAAUUUGGUUUCGUAGAAGCAAUGCUAGAGAGAAUACCUCCUUCCUCCCCUCCUUCCCAUUGCUACGGAGGUAAAAAGCUGAGGUUAAGUUGAACAGCUGAUGAAACACAACAAAGUUAUUCCCUAUGCAUUUUUUGUUUACCUUUUGUUUCUCUUUCUCCUUUCUUUUCCAUAGCAAAAUCUCAGCAGCCUUUGAAGGUAAGGAACAUGACAACUCAGGCACAGAACCACAGACCUCAUGAUCAGGCACAACUUGUGGAUAAGUUUAGGAAGCUACGUCAGUGGCAACAACAACAGCAGGAGAGUAUGUUCCGUCAACAACAACAACAAAUGGAGACACUAAGAAUGGAACAAAACAAACUUCAAAGUAUUUUGGCUGCCCAAAGAAAACUUCAAGGACAAACUGCUACAAGUACCCCAACAUAUCCUCCAAACUUUGUAGGAACUGUUUCAAGUCAAGCUGAACCUAUCAGAGAAGGAUCAGUGACUGUCACAAGUCAACUACAACAGGGAAGUGUGAGAUUGCAGGCUCCCUUAGAUAUGGGGUCAAGAGUCCAAGUUGAAGAUGGAGGCUUUGAGUCUGUGAGGAAUGGUUCAGAUGGUUUUCCAAGAUCCAUACCAACAUUUUCAUUGCCCUCUUCUGCUAUGGGCCAAAUGGAUUUUGAAAUGCAAACUAGACAGCCUGGACCACAACACUUUGGCGAACCUGAUCCAAAAUUCUCCGUCAAUGAUAAAGACAGAUUUCAAGAAAGUUUGCCUCAUUUGAAUGAGACAGUUUAUCCUGUAAUGUGGAACUCAUCAAAUUACCGUUUCCCCCUUAGAACUAUUCCUCCUGUGGUGGGGACCAGACCCAUAUCAGAACAGCCUGUGAUUGGAUCAGCAAUGACAAGUAACCCCCUAUCCCACCUUGGGAUGACUAAAAUUCCUCCACAGUUUCAAAGUCCAGUCAUAAGUCAAAGACCAGGUGAUAUGUUUCAGAACAAUCCUGCAACAAAUAAUGAUAACUGUCCAGAACUGAACCUUGAAAGAAUUGAUACCUCUCAGUAUGAUAGAAAUCCAGCAAUGACACCAGAUCUAGAGAGGUUAUGGAGUCACAAUGCUGGUGUAAAAAGUGUGACUGACAUAGAUUCUCAAGUUGAUGAACACUCCGAAGCAGACACUAUGAGUGGGGUUUACCCUCUCUAUGAUUCUGAGCCUGACAUGGGCUUUAAUGAGAUAGAGGAUGAAAAUGAUGAAGAUGAUAAAGAUGCAGAGUCAGAUGAUGAGGAAGAGUUAGAGGAAAGUUAUGAAAGGGAUAGAACUGUUAUAGACUUACAGGCUCAAUCACAGGAUUCUAUGGAAAUGGUGAGUUUUCAUGAGGAUGUCUUAGUGAGAUAUUCAAUUAAUAUAAUGUAACAGGAUAAAGGGGGUAAGUUUUUAAAGAAACUUUGGUGCUGCAUUGAUGGGGGGUUCACCAAGAUGAAAUUGCUUUUGUUAGCUGAGUUGAUAAUGUAGAUUGAUAAUGUAGAUUGACACUGCAGAGAGAUUCUAAAGCUGAUGUUUUAAGUUCACUGCGAUGAAGGGCUAAUGAUCUAAAUGUCAGAUUUAAAAUUCUUUGCCACAGUCAAUUUACUUUAUCAACACAAUAUGUAAGGGGACUUACUUUAAACACCAUCUUGCUUAAAAAUAAAAACUUAAUAUGCUUGCAAAGAAGUUUGUUAACGGCAGAAAACUACACAAAGGUCAUUUUGGAAACUUGAAUGGGGAACAGGCUCUGCUUUUGUAUGAUGAACUACCCCCUCCCUCUUAAAAAUUUUUUGCUGUCUCUUAAACAACUGCAUUACUAAGUGGAGGUUGGGUGCCUGAGACAACCAGGAACUUCCACUAUUGGAAGCUAGCUCUUAGAUGGAGAUUGCUCCCAUGGUUGGCACAUCCUGGCAACCCAGCCAUGAGCCCCCUCACAGGAAAUGGAAACAGGUACCUAUCACACUGAAUAAACAGUGGAAAGAGGGAGGGAAGGGGUGUGGAAAACUACCAAGACAAUGAGCUGCCACUCCAAACAAUUCUGAAAGUUCAGGCUCAAAGCACAUGCAAGAAUGCCUUAAUAGAAGAGCACAUGUUAUUCUGGUGCAUACGCUUAUGCAAAAACAGCUGACUACCAGUGAACACUGAUGAUCUUUGUUCUUAACUCUGUUAAAUUGCAUUUGACUGUGUUUAAUGGGAAUGGAGUUAACUGAACUAUAUGGAUUAUGCACAAUAGAAUAUCAUAAUGAUAACAUUUGCUAGCACAAAAAUGAAUCAUUUCAAAUUUUUGUGUUACAAAAUUGUGACACACUGUUCCCUAUUUUGAAUAAAUAAGAAUGAAUGAAUGAAUGGCAUCUGCUUUUUUUUCCCCUGUAAUCAGAAUGAACAACGUAUGGAAGAAAACUGUCAGACUGAAGUUGGAGAUGAGAUGCCAAUAAAACCUGGCAUAGGUAUAAGUUAUGAAGUGUUAAAGAAUAUUAAGUUUUGUUAAUAGAAUAAUAGAGAUGGUAAGUUUUGAGCUUGGUAAAGAAAUAGAAAAAGAUGUCUUUUUUGUCUUGUCACAAGCAUGGGACAAAAAAAAAAUUCAGAGUUCCCAUGAGGAAUUGAACCCCAGGCCUUUGGGAUUCCACACUCUGAUGCUCUACCACUGAGCCACAGGGACUCCAUGGUAAGGAAGGCCUAUUACAAAGUUCAAAUGACACACAACAUUAAGUUUUAUCCAAAUGGUGAAACCAAUGAACAUGAUCCAAAGACCAUGAACAUUUCUAAAAAUAUUUCAUGCCCAUAAAACCUAGUUUCUUGUGUUCAAGGUGCAUUUACACCAUCUAUUGCUGUUUCUGGUCUAUGUUUCAUCCUAAGAAAUUUUUUCAUAUCAGUCAGGUGGUAAAAAUUACCCACAAGGGAGGGGUUCCUCCACCCCCAACCCUCUAUUUGGAUCUACCAGUACCGAUGAGUCGUUAAACUAUUGCACAGGGAGUGCAGACUGUCUCAUUGAAUUUAAAAUAAAUUUUGAAUCAAUUUAUACUGCUUUUUCUUGUCAAAAGUUCUAUUUGAAUUUCAAUUAUUUGUUUCUGUUUCUGUAGGAGGAUCAUCUCAGGCUAAGACUUUUGAAGAACUUUUAGAGGAGCAACUGAAACUUGAUGCAGAGGUUAGUUUCAUGACCACAUACCUGUAACUGUUUUGUGAUUCCAUUUAACUUGCAUGUCUUUUUUAUGGUAGCAAAUGUCAACAUUCAGAAAUUGGUUAUUGAUAAUUACAUAAAUUGUUUUUGAUCAAGGCUUCUAAAGCACCAACUAAAACUCAAAGUACAACUCAAAAACCCCAAAGAACAUUUCUAAGAAAAGGUCAAGGACUUGCCCGAUUUAAAGGAAAGUCAGCUUCAGCUAAGGUAAUAACAAAAACCCAAGAACCAGCUGUUCAGCUGACAACAGCUCAACAGAAAAAAGAAAAGAGGACUGGGAAUGCUGUGGCAGCUUCAUCUCAAGGGAAUAACAGAUUAGGUGGAGUGAGUGGAGGUCCUGUGGCACAGAGCAAGGUGAGACAGGAGCUAUUAAUGAUAAUGACCAUUUUUGUUAACAAACAAACAAACAAUUGAACACUUUUUUCCAAGGAAAGGGAAUGAGAGGAGUGUUAGAGUUUCACAAAUACUCCACCAGAGAACUUGUCAAAUUUUGGAGAUUGAUGCAUCAAAGAUCAAAGAACUUAAAGACUUUCUUUGUGCACUAAUUGUGGGUCAAGUCUAUAGUCCCAUGGAAAAGGAGUAAAUUUGAGACAUAUGUGUAUCUAGGCUUUGGCAAACCUAUGUUCUGUAAUAUUUUUCUUUUCCUGCUAAUGGCGCAGUGUUUUCUCUAGUCAGAAUUCACUUCUGUCUUACCAACUCUAACUUAUUGGUCAGCUUCUUUCCUCUUCCUCUAACACAGGUGACUCGCAAGGUGGCUUCGAGAAGCCCACAGGUGAUGACAGAAGCAUCUGUGAAGUCACAGCAGAUCAGGGGGUCUAAACCUUUUAAAACCCAACCAGCUUCCUCAGAUGGAAAACCUGUCGCCAUAGCUGUUACCAAGCCUGCUGCGAUGCCCACAAGGUACAGUGUACAUUUACAUGUGACAUAAAGUUAAGCUGUCGGCUGAGUGUUUCGUCUAAUUGGAAACUUUUGCAGCAAAGUUAGUUGAUAUCGAAAUCCAAACCAGCCCCAGCUUGGAGCACCGUAUGCAAUUGAAUUAUACUGUAUCAAAUGUCAUCUUCGCUGUAAUUUGGUAUUGUCAACUGAGUUGAUAACGUUAAUUGGCCACCGUAAAGAGUUUAAAAGCUGACGUUUCGAGCGUCAGCCCUUCGUCAGAGCAAAUGACGUGGCCAAUUUAAGUCAUCAACUCAGUUAAUAAUACCAAAAUAAUAAUUUCCUUGUUAUGCUCUCCCACCAACGCAGCACCACAGUUUCUUUAGAAACGUAUCCCCUUUACUAAUUUGUCAACUUCAUUGGAUGUGUAUGCUUCGCAGUGUCAUUUCCGAUGAACCAGAGGAGAGUAAUCCACCUUCUGUGUUUAACAGUAUUGAUGCAUCAUUCCAAAUGAGACUGAAGGAAUUAGAAGAAAAACAAGAGGUAAACAGUCAAUUUUGUACAUGUACAUUAUACCUUGAUACCUUAACAAUGACAAUGGCGAUAACAAUGAUAAUGGUGGUAUGUAGUCGUUUUGGUACUCAUGAACGUUUCAUUCUCAGUAUUUUCCUUUUUUUGUUACCUGCUCUUUAUUGCUUUCUCACGCCUAGCUCAGUUUUUCCUUGUUGCGAGGAAAAUUUUGCAUCUCUUUUAUUCAUGGUUUUCUGAGUUUCACGAUAAGAGAUGGGACAAAAUGACUCGAGCUCUGCGGAUUGCGCCAUCUGAAAAAUUCAAGUAUAACUACGACAAAUCACAAAAUUUACAAAUCAUACUCAGUUGAUUCGUACUCGAAUUAAGAUGAUUCGUUCCCAGUUUGAGUCGGUUCUUACACAAGCCGCUGGUCGAUUUCAACCUAUCUUAACAGCAUGCUGGAAAGUAAUGGUUUAUAACAAUGAUAAUAAUUGUAAUUUUACUUUUGAUAAUGUUUUCUUGAUAACGAUAAUGUUGGUGAUCUAUUGUAUUUAAAAUAAGUCUCUAAUUAGUACUCCCUCUUAGUUUUGACCUCUCUUUGUUGCACUAAUUUAGUUGGAAGAAGAAGAACUUGAAGAAUUUGAGCUCCUAGAACAAGCUGCAGCAAAUGCUUCCUUUUCAUCCAACUCCUCUGUGGUUGUCAAAGUGUUGGCCAAAGCCAGAGGAGGAAGUGCACAGAUCAGUAAAAAUAACACAAUGCGAGGAGCUGGGAACAAGCCCGAAAACAGAGGUAGCAGAUCAGUACAGAAAGUUAUGUAUGCGAGUGUGAUGUCCAGUUUUAAACAAAAAGAGUGUUUUUGUUUGAGAGACAAUCAGAAACUUGAGACGCUCAGCUCCCGGUGAUGUCUUUUGCAGGUGCAGGUGGAAUUCUGAGCCCUGUUGACACAGGUUAUGGCAGUGGGGAUGGUAAAGGGGCUGUGUCAAUUGAUGAAUCAAGACGACUACCCGUGGUAGAAUUGAGAGAACCUCAUGAAAAUGGUAAGUUAAAAGUAAUGGAUCUUAUCGGACGCACUUUUAUUGAAAAACAUUAGACAAGAAUCCGUGUAUCAGGGCUGGACGAGAUUACGUGAGCGGGGCCGGAAAAAUCCGCACGGACGCGCGAGCUGCGAACCAAAAGGAGAAAGGAAGGAAAUGAAGAGCAAAGAUUAUUUGAUAAAAUGUUACGUGGGGCUUGACGGUAAAAUAUUUGCUUCUUGGUGCGUGAGGUCCAUAGGUCGUAACCUCGAGCCACAUUUUUCUCUCUGACCCACUUACCCAGUCAAGAAGUACAUAACUUGUCGCUUUGGUCGCUUGAAGGUCUCUUCCCGACUCAAAUCUCCGUCAAAAUAUUGUUGUUAAUGACACUGCAUAAAGAGUGGUGACCCUGUGUCAGAACAGGGAAUAAGAUGGUGAUGUUAUCCCGUUUAUAUUCCGUAACAGAGAGUGAAGAUGACGAUGGUGAUGUGACUCUACAGGAGAUGAGUUUAGACAGUGCCUUGGAACUUGAUUCUGGUCAAGAUGAAAAGAGACAAGCAGCUGGAGACCUGCAAAAAGGUAAAAAUUUUAGAUUUGCACCACUAUUAACUGGGCUUUGAAGCCAUAUCUGUUCCCGUAUUGGAGUCUGAUUCCAGAAUUGAUUAAAAAACAGCUCACACGCGAGGAUCAUUCAAUUAAUUGAAAAUGAAAAUUAUUUGGUGAACGUUUAGAGGUCAUACUCUAAGACCGAGUCACUCCUUUGUGACAUUCCAAUUUUCUUACAGUCUUGGCCCCAGCUUACCUCAAUCCUCCCUCGACUGAGAGUGACAACGAGUUUAAUGACGAAGACACGUGGGCUGUAAUAAAGAAACAGGCAGGUACAGACUUUGAGAAUGCGGAGAAGGGAGGAGAAGUCGACUCCGAUGACGACGACGACGAUGAUGAGGAUGACAGUGAUGUGACAAUCAGUGACAUAUUCCCUCUUGUAACCUCCACUCCGCCUGUUGCCCUAAAGAGGGGUCAGCCUCCAAAGAGCCAAGCAGCAGAUGCAAUUGAGGAUGAACGGAUGCUGGCUGCGUCGACCCCACCAACAUCAACGCUUGUUACCAAGCUGUUUCCCCAGCUGAAGCCGAAGCAGAAAGCUGCUGUAAGUUAUUCAGUGUUAAUUCGUGUCAUGAACAUAAGCAAGAAGCCCUCUGUAUUAUUCCUGUACCGAUUUGUAACUUUCAAGGCCUGGCCUCACGAAGCGAUAAGUUGUUUGGCCAGAUCUUUGAGAAAAACUGCCUUGUUAGCACUGCUUCCAAAACAGUACAAAAACAGUGAUUUUGUGGCUGAAUUAUUCGCUUACAGUGCAUUUGGGCGACCUCUUUUGGAAAAAAAAUUCUGGCGAAAGUAUGAAGGUUCUUUUUAAAAAGUUCUACGUCAUACGUUUUUCGCUGCGACUUGUCUCCGUGACAUAUCUCUCGAUAUAUCCUGGUGCUUGUUUUCACCUUUUUUUUUACGUAAAACCUGUUCAAAAGCAUUGCAGCUAAGCAAUACUGGCUACCAAAGGAUUGGUAUAUUGUACUCGAAAACUCAUGAAAUAAUCGAGAUACUUCACCUGAUUCGAUCAAGAUUCCUUCCCGUAAGUAAUUAAAGAACUGAUUGCAUGAACUUGAGACUUUCAAUUCCCGCCGGUCGAAUGGUCUAUCUCAGACCCUCGAAUAGCUUUUGGCGUGAACAAUUAUGCUCGGAGAUGGACUUGAUCGAUUUCAAGCGAAAAACAAUUUCAAUGAUCUUUAUCGUUGUGUCACCAAAGCCGGCUGUCGCCAAACAAGCCACAAGUGAUGUUCCUAAGGCCCAGGGGCAGGAGGAAGAGCCUGUAGACACGGUUCAGAGUGCUGCGGUCAGGGAGAAGCUCAAAGAAUUGGAAGCAGAGAUUGAAAAGUUCAGGACUGAGAAUGCAGCUCUGGCCAAAAUUAGAAAAGAGCGGGAAGAGGUGUGGGAACAAUUUGUUAUUUAUUUGUAAGACGAAUAUUAGUGUAUGGUGUCACAUUAUGCGGUAUACGUACCUUUUGCUAACCGAGUUCGAGGUCCGUCCUGUAAGUUGCAGAACGAUUUUUUUUCGGCUCGGAUUUAAGGCCCAGGGGCGAGGCGAACGGGCCAGAAAUCCGAGUAGAGAAAAACUCGGUUUUGUAAAUUUCAGCACGGAUCAAGAAAACGAAAUUAUUCAUACAUUUUUUAUAUCUCUGGGUUCAAAUAGAGGAGGGAGAUUUCAAAUCAAACAAACCUUGAAUUAGCGGGCCAUGCAGAAAUAUGUGGUUCGCUAAAUCGACCAAUCAUAGCGCAUGCACUAACUAAGAGAUAAAAUAAUUCGAAUUACAUUGCCAUUGUCAAAGUUUGCGACUUUAGUGUCUCGUUCGAUGAAAAUUAUUUUCCAAUUUUUCCCAUGUUAAAUGAUGAACUGCAAACAUUAUUCUGAACUUUUGGUGUUUGUAUCCGUUACAUGCUGAUCAAACAGUCUCAUAUUUUACAGGGCUUGAAAAAGCUGCAAACGGAAAUAGCUGUGUUUGAGAAACAGAAAACAGAUGAACUUGAACGAUUAGAGCAGUUUAAGGAGGAAGAGAUGCGAAAGUUACGGUAUGUGUUCAUAGCUGGUCUCUUUCAGGCGUUCAGUUAUUAAAACAAAGCGCGAUGGUUAACGGCGAGAUAGUAGCGGAGGAGUGAAAAGAGGAGUGAGGUUUGGGUCGAGUUACCUGACCCAACCCGACCCAAGCCUCUCUCGUUUUUUUCACUCCUCCGCAACUCGUCCGCGGUUUAUUAUUUUGCAACCGGUAACAAGCGUGAUUUCAAGAUUCGAGACAGCUACCACUGGAUUAAACACAGGAUUUUCGUUAGCUCGCCCGUUCGUGUGUUUGUUAAUGCUUAUUGAGGCUAACUGAAAUUUAUGUAGGGCUUAAAAUCAAGUAAUUGCAGCGGUUUUAUCGAUGUGAUGCAGGGCACUCCAAGGCGUGUUGCAAGGGAAUUUCCAUGUGCUUUUCCUUUGUUACUUUGCUUGCUCAUAGCCUCUAAACCAUUCAUAUGCCAGGUGAAGGAUUCGUUAUUAAGUCUACUGAUCGAUCACAUAACUCGUGUCUGAGCUUUCCGACAAGUUCGGAUCAUCAAUUAGGUUUAAGUAGUGCCUAGUAUACUUUAAUCACUAAGUGUCUUCGGAUCAAGAUACCAUAAAUUCAAUCUUACAACUUGUGCCUUUUAGCCGCGAAAGACGAGUGUUUGAAAAGUAUCAGAAAGCUGCCCGUUCAAUGCCAGACAAGAAAGAACGCGAAGAGAUCGAGAGUUUACGAGAACAGGUAAAAACGUUAUUCUGUAAAAAUAAGUUUUGUUUAUGCAGUCUUGAACAAAGAACGGUAAAGGAAUUGAGUUGUCUCAUGUCUAAUAUGACAAACGUAGACUGGAAUAAACCAAUUGUUCUCUCGCUGGUUUUUAUCAUGGAUAAAUGAACGUUGGCAAAAAUUGACCACUUUAAACCACCAUACCCCUCUCAAUAGAUGGCAGAUUUGCAAGAAGAACUUAAGCGACGCGAAUCUCGCUGGUCAGCGGCUUCUACACGUUCCCGCCAAAAGAUCGAGGUCUUGGAAGAACAGAACAAAGAACUACAAGAAGAGGUGAAGCUUUUAGAACACUAUCGACUGCAACAGUGGAGAGAAGAGGAACAAGCGAAGGUGAGAUAUACCCCAGUAAAACAAUGUGGAGAUACAUCAGCUGUGUGUGACUUUACCAGGGUGUUAGUAAGACUGACAGAGCUGAAUAACGAACUUCCAGGUGAUGUUUCCCUUGCCGCUUCUCUUUUACAGAAAACUUUCAAAAAAUCUUUACAUCCCCUAAAUAUUUUCAAAAAUUAAUUUCCUCUUAAAGACAUUGGAAGUAGGAAAAGGCCUUCAACGACAACAAGAUGCCUCGGUUUUAAAUGCCAGCCCUUUUUUUCCUCAAAUUUCGCUGAUUUUUCAACCUCGUACACUUGAGCCCGCGUUAUUGACCGCUUACUUGUUACGUAGCAUUUCGCUAUUAAGCUCUGCUAGUAAGUCCCACAAAACAAAAAUUAACAUUCAUUUUGAGAACUUAAAAUCUUUUCACAGGCGAAAGAAGAAGAGGAGUCAAGACCGAAAAAACCUUUGCUGCGCAAAACUGCUAAGGCGACGGAAGAAGGUAACUUGAUACAUGGUGUCCUGGAUUUCUGUUUCAUCCCCGCAAAGGCAAUUUUGAUUUCUUCUGACUUAAGAACAGUUCGUUUAAUAUUCCAAAUCGAUGUCAAAGUGGGAAGAAAGAAGUUUACAUCACCGACGUACAUAGUUGGGAAUGCCAAAAAGCAACAAAACUGAGAGCAAUGAAGAAAAUGUUUACCCCGUGGUAGGAAUCUGCUUUUAAUGGAGCUUUUAGCACUGGAAAUAGCGAACUCAAACUACUCCUGCUAUAAUCAUAAGGAUUGCAAACGUCAUCAUUCCUGUCAUAUUUUUCAACAAAUGCUUUUGUACAUUUCUUUCGAUCAAGUCCCUCAUGAGGAAUCGAACCUCAGACCUUCGGAUUCCGCGCUCUGAUGCUCUACUCUGAGCCAAUAAUAUUAAAUAUAUAACCUAUAUAUGAUAUAUACAAACUUAACUCUUCUUCUCAACUACCUUAAUUCCUCAGAGCCAGGGCCCAGGCUCCCCGUGCGUCACCGAUCUCCUCCCAUGAGAGCAGCUCUUGCUGAAGUACUGCCCAGAUCUACUCCUGAAACUGCUACCAUUGAUCCUGAGACCAGGUGAUAUAGACACACUUGCUUGAUGUAUUACAACUAUCAUAAUUACAACCAGUGCCAUUUCCCAAAAUGUGAUUGGUGGAUGACCUGUUUUUCUGUUGUUGAUGCUGUUGUUGGUGGUCUUUUUCUUUCAACCGAUUGUUCUUUCGAAUUGUAUUCGGACAGUUAUAUCAGCUGAUAACACUGAGUUCACUUAAAUGAGUCCACCAAUCACCGUCUCGAUUACAUUAACCAUGACAAAGACAAAAUUUUCAUCCAAAGCUGGGGAGGUACCAAAGCGGAGAGAUUUAGUUCAUAGGACUUAUGUCCACAGUUCUUCAGUUUGACAGUUGGAAGCCAAUCUUCCAAUAAUUACAAUUUUUCUCGGAAAUUGCGAUAUUUUUGUCGUCCAUUUCGAUCCGUGAUCUUUCCUAGAACUGAUGAAGAACUGCCCCCUGUUGGCAUUACCAAUAGGAAGCGAUGGAAAGCGGAUGAAAAGCGGAUUUUGAGAAAUUGACGUAGACUGACUUCUUUAUGAAUUUUUUGGCAGGCUACCAAGUGCUGCUAUACAACUUGAUAAAAACAACAAUCAGUCAUCGAGUUCUCGCCAAGACGAAAAUACACCAUCAGAUGUACUUUAUAAUGAAAAGGAAGAAAUCAGCUCUGCUUUGAAGCCUGUGGAUGAUAACAAUCACGAUACAAUGAAAUCUAAACGAAGGUCAGAAUUCCUUUAUUUUCUACCAAGCUUCUUUUCCACACUUUUUUGACGUGUAGAUCCUUAAAGAUAUCGGAUUGGCUGAGAAACCUCAAGGGAAUGUAUCAACCAAUCAGUAAUGCGCUACGACGCAAUCGGCAAUGUGCACAAAGCAGCCAUUCGAGGCUGUCUCGAACACGUCUCUCAGUGGGUGCACGUCUCUCAGUGGGUGGAAGGGGAUAUUGUCGUUUAUGCUGCGUCAUUUUGAAUCAUCUCUGAAACAUCCUCCAAGAGAGUGAAGAGAAGGAAGGAGAAGACUUCACAUCACGUGUUUAUUAUUACCUCUUUUGCUUUUUUUAGUCCUCGAAGAAGAAGCAAAACGCCAGAAAGAGGAGAAAAGUUUAAACGAAACGUUCAUUUCCAAGAUGAGGAAAAAUAUGAUGAGAAUAACGCAAGGGAAAGCAGCAAUUCAGAUGAAAGAAAUAGACAAGAUACAAGAGAAAUAGUGCAUCCUGAUGGAAAGGUAAUGUUCAAUUGACAAAAUCGGUCAAACUGAAAUAUUGUUACUCCUCCCGGUAUGGUAUGCUGGUCCAUGACAGUAACUUCUCACCGGUUUGGAAUAUUUCUCUGGCUGUUGGGAACAUGGCUCUCGAGCCAAAAUUGCCAAUCCAGCCGGAGCUUAUGCCAGUUUCCACACUAUGAAGUGACAAUGAGAUUUUCUAUUUCCCCUAAGUGGGAUGCCAAGCUAUCCUCCGCACCCUCAAACCCCCCCCCCAAAAAAAAAUAUAUAGAGACAAGAAAAAGGAAAAAUACUUGUCAGGUUUGUUUUUAAGUUCGCAAACACUGUUCACAUUAGAACUUCUGUCGGAGAAAGGUGCUGUUAGAGUCAAGUUUCUUUUCCACAAGAGGGCUCUGAUCCAGUCCUCUCUAUAGCCUAGCAAUCUAAGACCAGCAUUUCUCUACAAAAGAUACAUUAAACGAAUUAUAUUUCCAGGUGGAGAAAGUUAAUAGUGACGGCUCUCGUGUGAUCUCCUUUGCAAACGGGACAAGAAAAGACAUCAGUGUCGACGGCCAAACUAUCACCGUCACUUUCUUCAACGGAGAUGUCAAACAGAUCAUGCCGGACCAACGAGUGGUGAGGCAAAUGUUAAGCACCAAACAUUCUCCCUUGCUUGCAGGACCUCUUAUUAUUAUUGGCGUUGCGGUUAGAGCGUUUCUUAGACAGCGAGAAAGGUGAAAGCCUGGAGCAAAGCGAUGGGUUUGCAAGGGGUCUAACACUAAUACUUAGUGCCAAAACUCCGCUAACUGGCAUUGCUCAAGGCCUCAACUUUCUUACGGGCGAAGCAACGCUCGUGUGGCGUCACUUUCUUAACUAUAUAAUCCCGAUUUUGUUUUUCGGUUACGCCAAGGAUGGAAAUUUACUUUUCAUGUUCAUGUUCUAUUCCUUUUAUCAGAUGUACUAUUAUUCUGACGUUCAAACAACUCAUACUACUUAUCCAGACGGGCUGGAGGUUUUGCAGUUUCCCAGGUUUGAGUACAGUAAAAUGUGUUACGCCCCUGAAGUUUCUUAAAGCCCAAACCGCAGCAAAACGCCAACUCACCAUUGGUGUUAGCUUUGCAUCCGACUGAUUUAGAGACUUGCUGAAUGUUUUUAGACCAACCUCAGAACGUAGCGAUGGAAAGUUUUUUUUAUCUUGUCAAAUUUUUCUAACUAAAGUGGACUGGCUUGACGAGUUUCCUUUUCAACUUUCCUUUGCGAAUUAACUUUUGGUUCAUGUGUCUGCGUGCCUUUCUCAAUAUAUAAAAAAUACGCCUUACUUGAUCGCAAUUUCCGCUUCAUAUCCAGUUUCACUUUUGUCUUUUUAGCAAACAAAUUGAGAAGCAUUAUCCCGACGGGACUAAAGAAAUUAUCUUCCCAGAUCAGACGAUAAAGUAUUUGUACCCGAACGGAGCAGAGGAAUGUGUAUUUAGUGACGGUACUAUACAGAAAGUUAGCGUGGAUGGCGAGCGAACCAUUGAAUUCCCAAACGGACAAAGAGAGACACACACGAAAUUCUAUAAAGUGAGCAGAAUUAGUCUUAGUUUCUAGUUAAACAUUUUGGCCAGUAUUCUCAGACAACCGGUUUCUGAAGUUUGAAGCUGUUGCUUAGCCACUUGCUAUGGCACCCUCUGGUGACUAUCCAUCGCUGGUAAAACCCCAACAUUUCAUCAGGUUUCCCAGAAUGCUCGUCUGUGCUCAGUUAUUCUUUUAAGUGGAGAGAAGCGCCAAGGAAUGACAUUGUUUUGAAAGAAUUGAGAUUGUCGAAACUCAGGUUUUUGUUAGCACGCCGGCCUUUUGUUAGCUCGUCGAUCGCUUUGGCGACAGUGAUGAAAUGUCACCCUUUUACCUCCACUGCAUGCUGGGAAAUAUGCGGAUGCCUAGUGACAUAAAAUUUCUCUGAGCGGACCGAAAACUUAGAAAACGUUAUUCAGUUUGUUUUAACUUACUGCUAUGUGAACUCAGUUUUCACACAUUUCCGUAUACAGCCAGUGUCAGUUACGAACUUGCUUUUUACAGAGUUAAGAGUUCUCUGCUUAAAAGAACUUCUACCGUGUCUUAGUACAACAGCAAUAACUGGUUAUCUUUUUCUCCCAUUCUUGUGUAGAAAAGAGAAUACCCUGACGGGACAGUAAAGACGGUCUAUCCCGAUGGUCGCACAGAGACCCGUUACGCUACGGGACGGGUGCGGGUCAAAGAUCGAGAGGGUCGCAUCCUCGUCGAUGCUCCCCACCAAGACAGAUAACAGUAGCUUCAGCGGUUUGAGAGAAUACUCCUCGGAUUGUCAAAGAAAAUGGCCUGACUUACUUACGAGACAAAAGUAGAUAACGUACCGUAUUAAUACUGAAAUCUUGUGGGUCUUUAAGGUCGUGUUUUUGCGAUUGUGAAAAAAUCGCGAAAUUGAAGACUUGGGAAUAAAAAUCCUCGAAGAAUUUUAACACGUGGAAUUGAAUCACCCAUAGAAAAUUCAAAUCACCGGUAAAAAAAAGAUCAACAUGUAAUAACCACAACAUAUACAGAACAUGUGUCGACAAAUACAAAAAUUAAAAACUGGUCUUACUGGUAAAUUCUAUGUGGGAUCUUCCGUUGUGAAAGGAAAUCUCCAUCUGAAGCGGCUAUAUUUGAAAAAACUCCUUCGAAUAUCUUUCGUGCAGUCGUCAAAUGUUAAGACAAAUUGAAAAGUAACAUGAAGUUGGGUAGGUUUGAUUCGCGAAAUUUAACGCUAUUGACUUUACGAUAGUAAAACCCCGAGAAAUACCGUCUCGCCAAAAGCGCCAAAUUAAGUACAAAUAAGGUAGUUUAUAAAAUCAGUGGACCUUUUGUAAGUAUGAGUGAAG